ACGUCGCUCCGUUGCUUCUAGCUCCCCUUCCCCUGAUCUCCACCUCCAAGUUUCCUUGGGGUUGAAGAACAGUCGCAGACGAAGACCUGGGCGGAAGGGGCUGGCGAAUCGGAGACCCGGGGCCGAGACCGAAGGGCAAGCAGAUGGAGGGCUCAGGAGCGCCAACCGAGAGCCAUAGAAAGAAAAAGGAAGAGGGAGAAUGAGCGCGGAGCGAGCGAGAGAAAAGCUCCCUACCAAGCCAGGCUUUGUUCCCUGAACCUAAGACUUUACCCGGCGGCGGGCGGCGGGCGGGCCGGGAGCGAGCGAGCGGAGGCGCGCGGCCAUGGCUGCCGCGGCCGGGCAGGGGGGCCGGGGAGGCGGCGCGUGAGCGGGCGGCGCGGGGCGGGCGGGCGCCCGCGAUGUGCCACUCGGCACCUCCCCCGCCGGGCCCGGGCUGCGCGGCGGCCGGGCGGCCCUGGUAGCUGGGCGUGCGGCGCGGAGGGGGCGAGCCCGGCGCGCGGGUCUCAUUGUUGGGCGGGGGGGGCCCGUCGGGGCAUGAGGGCGAGAGCACGGCGGGGGGGGCGGCCAGACAGAGCGAGCGAGGAGGAGGAGGAGGAGGACGCCGAGGAGGAGGAAGGAGGAGGCAAAGAAAAGAAGCGGCGGCGGCGGAGGAGGAGGAGGAGGGAGCGAGGAGGCGCGCGGCCCCCCGCUCCCUCCCUCCCCCCCUGACCCCCGACCCCCGCCGGCCGGCCCCCCGCCCCAGCCCCGGAGGGAGCUCAUGGGAGUAUGAAGGAGAUGGUAGGAGGCUGCUGCGUAUGUUCGGACGAGAGGGGCUGGGCCGAGAAUCCGCUGGUCUACUGUGAUGGGCACGCGUGCAGCGUGGCUGUCCACCAAGCUUGCUAUGGCAUCGUCCAGGUGCCAACAGGACCCUGGUUCUGCAGGAAAUGUGAAUCUCAGGAGCGAGCAGCCAGGGUGAGGUGUGAGCUGUGCCCACACAAAGAUGGGGCAUUGAAGAGGACUGACAAUGGAGGCUGGGCCCACGUGGUGUGUGCCCUCUACAUCCCUGAGGUGCAGUUUGCCAACGUGCUCACCAUGGAGCCCAUCGUGCUGCAGUACGUGCCUCAUGAUCGCUUCAACAAGACAUGUUACAUCUGUGAGGAGCAGGGCCGGGAAAGCAAGGCAGCCUCAGGAGCUUGCAUGACCUGUAACCGCCACGGAUGUCGACAAGCUUUCCAUGUCACCUGUGCCCAGAUGGCAGGCCUGCUGUGUGAGGAGGAAGUGCUGGAGGUCGACAAUGUCAAGUACUGUGGUUAUUGCAAAUACCACUUCAGCAAAAUGAAAACAUCCCGGCAUGCGAGCGGGGGAGGCAGCGGAGGAGGGGGAGGCACAGGGGCAGGCGGUAGCGGCUUUAUCGCUGGCCGGAGGAGCAGGUCGGCCUCGCCGUCCACGCAGCAGGAGAAGCACCCUUCCCACCACGAGAGGGGCCAGAAGAAGUCCCUUCUUCCUCCCCAGAGUCGAAAGGACAAAGAACGCCUUAAACAGAAGCACAAGAAGCGGCCUGAGUCACCCCCCAGCAUCCUCACCCCACCUGUGGUCCCCACUGCUGACAAGGUCUCCUCCUCAGCUUCCUCCUCCUCCCACCACGAGGCCAGCACUCAGGAGACUUCUGAAAGCAGCAGGGACUCAAAGGGGAAAAAGUCUUCCAGCCAUGGCCUGAGUCACAAGGGGAAGAAGCUGAGCAGUGGGAAAGGUGUGAGCAGCUUUACCUCCGCCUCCUCCUCUUCUUCCUCCUCCUCUUCCUCCUCCUCUGGGGGGCCCUUCCAGCCUGCAGUUUCGUCCCUGCAGAGCUCCCCUGACUUCUCUGCAUUCCCCAAGUUGGAGCAGCCAGAGGAGGACAAGUACUCCAAGCCCGCAGCGCGCCCCCCUUCAGCUCCUCCCUCUCCCUCAGCCCCCGAGCCCCCCAAGGCUGACCUCUUUGAGCAGAAGGUGGUCUUCUCUGGCUUUGGGCCCAUCAUGCGCUUCUCCACCACCACCUCCAGCUCGGGCCGGGCCCGGGCCCCGUCCCCUGGGGACUAUAAGUCACCCCACGUCUCAGGGUCCGGGACCUCAGCAGGCACCCACAAGCGGAUGCCCACACUGAGCGCCGCCCCUGUGCCUGUUGAGGAGGCCCCUGAGACAGGCCUGAAGGAGAAGAAGCACAAAGCCAGCAAGAGGAGCCGACACGGGCCAGGCCGUCCCAAGGGCAGCCGCAACAAGGAGGGCACCGGGGGCCCGGCCCUUCCCUCCCUGCCCGGUGCCCAGCUGGCUGGCUUUACCGCCACUGCUGCCUCACCCUUCUCCGGAGGUUCCCUUGUCAGCUCUGGCCUGGGUGGUCUGGCCUCCCGUACCUUUGGGCCUUCCGGGAGCCUGCCCAGCCUGAGCCUGGAGUCCCCACUGCUGGGGGCAGGCAUCUACACCAGUAAUAAGGACCCCAUCUCCCACGGUGGUGGAAUGCUGCGGGCUGUCUGCAGCACCCCCCUCUCCUCCAGCCUUCUGGGGCCCCCAGGGACCUCGGCCUUGCCCCGCCUCAGCCGCUCCCCAUUCACCAGCACCCUCCCUUCCUCCUCUGCUUCUAUCUCCACCACUCAGGUGUUUUCUCUGGCUGGCUCCACCUUUAGUCUCCCUUCUACCCACAUCUUUGGAACCCCCAUGGGUGCCGUUAACCCCCUCCUCACCCAAGCCGAGAGCAGCCACACAGAGCCAGACCUGGAGGACUGCAGCUUCCGAUGUCGGGGGACCUCCCCCCAGGAGAGUCUGUCUUCCAUGUCCCCAAUCAGCAGUCUCCCAGCACUCUUCGACCAGACAGCACCCUGCGGGGGUGGCCAGUUGGACCCAGCGGCCCCCGGAACGACCAACAUGGAGCAGCUGCUGGAGAAGCAGGGCGAUGGCGAGGCCGGAGUCAACAUCGUGGAGAUGCUGAAGGCGCUGCAUGCACUGCAGAAGGAAAACCAGAGGCUUCAGGAGCAGAUCCUGAGCCUUACGGCUAAGAAAGAGCGACUGCAGAUUCUCAACGUGCAACUCUCUGUGCCCUUCGCCGCCCUGCCUGCCGCCCUGCCUGCCACCAACGGCCCUGUCCCUGGGCCCUAUGGCCUGCCUCCCCAAGCCGGCAGCAGCGAUUCCUUGAGCACCAGCAAGAGCCCUCCGGGGAAGAACAGUCUGGGCCUGGACAACUCGCUGUCCACGUCUUCCGAGGACCCACACUCAGGCUGCCCAAGCCGCAGCAGCUCGUCGCUGUCCUUCCACAGCACGCCCCCACCGCUGCCCCUGCUCCAGCAGAGCCCUGCUACUCUGCCCCUGGCCCUGCCUGGGGGCCCUGCCCCGCUCCCGCCCCAGCCACAGAAUGGGCUAGGCCGGGCACCCGGGGCAGCGGGGCUGGGGGCUAUGCCCCUGGCUGAGGGGCUGCUGGGGGGGCUGGCGGGCAGCGGGGCCCUGCCCCUCAAUGGGCUCCUGGGGGGGUUGAAUGGGGCUGCCGCCCCCAACCCCGCGGGCUUGAGCCAGGCUGGCGGGGCCCCUGCGCUGCAGCUGCCAGGUUGUCUCAACAGCCUCACCGAGCAGCAGCGACACCUCCUGCAGCAGCAAGAGCAGCAGCUCCAGCAGCUCCAGCAGCUCCUGGCGUCCCCACAGCUGACCCCGGAACACCAGACUGUUGUCUACCAGAUGAUCCAGCAGAUCCAGCAGAAGCGGGAGCUGCAGCGGCUGCAGAUGGCCGGGGGCUCCCAGUUGCCCAUGGCCAGCCUGCUGGCCGGGAGCUCCACCCCGCUGCUGUCCGCGGGCACUCCUGGCCUGCUGCCCACAGCAUCUGCCCCACCUCUGCUGCCCGCCGGAGCCCUGGUGGCUCCCUCGCUCGGCAACAACACAAGUCUCAUGGCCGCAGCAGCUGCGGCCGCAGCAGUAGCAGCAGCAGGCGGACCUCCAGUCCUCACUGCCCAGACCAACCCCUUCCUCAGCCUGUCGGGGGCGGAUGGCAGUGGCAGUGGCCCCAAAGGAGGGACUGCUGACAAAGGAGCCUCAGCCAACCAGGAAAAAGGCUAAAGCCACCCAGGCUCCUGCUGACCCCCAAGUGGAGGGGCAGAUCCUGGUCUGAGGGGUCCCAGCCUGGAGCAGGCACCUGCACCCAGACACUGGAGAGCCCCGGCCCAGAGCAUGUGCUGAGGCCCGGGGAGUGUGGGGCGCUCCUGGUGCCGAGGACUGAGACCGAGAGGGGAGCCCCUUCCAUCUGGCCCCCCUCCCCCUCUGCACUGGCCCCUUUGUGAGGGGCUCAGAAGGAGGACAGGCUCCAAGCCCGCCUAGGAGCCCCCACUCUCAGCGAGUGUUUUGAGGUUCCCCAGAGAGCAAAGUGGGCCAUGGCAUAAGUGGGGGGUUGGUUGAACCCGCCACGUAAAAUGGAUUAGCACUUGAGUGGGAUAAGUGGGGGGCUAGGCCCUGGGCCUGCCCCUGCGCAGAAGUCUUUUAUGGAAGAAGGGGUGGCCCUACUUGACCUGCAGUUUCUUCCCAACUUGGGCAGAUGGCAAGAGGGCUUCCUUGGACUGUUUCUCGCUGGGCCCCUUCCCCUGCCCCCGACAAGGGUCACAAGCUGAGCUUGUAAAAGCCCACAGACUGGGGGGCCGAAGAGGGGGUAGGAUGGCAUCAAAUUUGGCCAAGCCUCCCUACCUCUGGGGGGUGGGCCCCAGUGAUGGGCUGGGGGAAGGCAGGGGGUGGGUGGCUCAGCCCCCUCGAUCCCCUGCCCCUUGUUUGCACUAUUGGAUUUAGGAGUGCCGAGGGUGGGGAGAUGGAGCUGCCUGACUCAGAGAGCGUGUAUGCGUGUGCGUGUGUCUGUCCGUCUGUCUGUCUGUCUGUCUGUCUACCGCUGGAGCCCGGGCAGCUGAGGGCAGGGAUAGGAGCAGUGCUCUGACGAGGCCGUAUCAGAGGGGCGCUCCCAGCUCUUGUUCGCACCCUCUCACCUCACCAACUUUGGUCUCUCUCUGGGGCCUGAAUGGUUAACAAAAACCAGAACCGUACUCCAAUACUGGAGAGUAACUGGGGGCUGGGGGCUUUGAAUCAGGGUAAUAUCCUGCCUUUCCUCCCCCAGACUCUACAUGGUCUCAGUGCCCCCUCAGCGCUCCCCUUCCCCCACUGAUACUUGGUCCUGCUUCCCUGGCAAAGGGGAGCCCCAGGGAUUGGGGGAUGAGGCAAGGGGGGUAAAGUGCCACUUCUUUUAGUGAAACCUUCCUCCCAGGAUUAGCCAGCCUGCCUUCCCGCACCCCACCCCCACCCACCAGGGGAGACUUAAGCUUAUGCUGACCUACAACUGUCCCUUCACCCACCAGCUAUUUCCCCAGGGUGUAGUGGGCAAUUCUCACCUUAAAGAGUCCCCACCGGCCCAGAGCCUUUGGUGGCCAAGGUUGAGGGCUGGUGGGACAGCCAGGAGAGGGGCGAGGUUGAAGCCUGUGUCUGUGUCGGGUGCACUGGGGUCGGAGCCAGGAGGAGCGUGGCCAGCUUCCCUGAUGACCACGUCUAGUCAGUCUCUUUGCAUGUGUGGAUUUGUGUGUGUGUGUGUUUCUGUUUGGGUUUUUGUUGUUGUUGGUUUUGUUUUUUAAAUAAAGAAAAGAAGAUGUGUAUAUUUUUGGCAAUGACAGAAACGUAGUGCAGAUAUAUUUUUGCCUGUGCUGCUCAACUGGUUUUUUUCUGAUACUGAAAAUAAUAUUAAUAUUCCUGUUGAUAAGACUUUGUAAGAUGUUAGGGAGCUGAUAAUGGAGGGGGUGGGUGGGAUCCUUCAGAGGCAAUUUCUUAGGCACUUGCAAGGGCUUGGGGGGGGAGGGGGGAGGCAGUUGUGAUGACCUCAGAAAUACUCACUUUUUAUUAACGCUAAAUAUCAGUUAGAAAGAAAUGAUAGAAUUCAGCAUUUUAUUCAUCUUCAUCUAUUAAGCUGUCUAACUCCCUGCCCCCAAACCACUGAAAAGAAAAAUAACCUUCAGAGAUUCUUAGAAGAGUUGCUCAUUCACACCCACACCGUUGCCCAAGGCCGGCCCACUUACAGCCAAAGUCAGCUUCUGUUCUGGACAGUGAGGGAAGUCAAUCCACCCCAAGGCCGCUGUGGCAGAGAGUGAGAGGUCCAAAUGACUUAGUGCACUGGAACCAAGACCUCCCCUUCCCUCCAGCACCCGAGAGUCUGGGGUUCUCAUCUCCAAGAGUCUCUGUUUUCUGACUUUCCCCAGGCUGGGGUGCAGUGGCAGGUAGGCAGGUUAGAUUUGAAGAAGGGACCCAGGCUGGGUAUGGAUUGGUGCUGUGCCUCAAUUCGGGGCAGGGGGACAGGAGAGCGGUGGUGCAUUUCCUCUUUCGAGGGAGCUUUAUAAUAGGAAAGGUGUGGAGCGCUUCAGGACGGAGUGGGGUCCCAGUGCAAGGGGUAUGGCUACCGAGACACCACCCCCCCCGCGCCCCUGCUCCCAGCCUCAGUCCCUUUUUCUAGGAUGAAUUUGGAUGGGGAGUAGAAAGGGAUGCAGAUUUAUAUAUGGCUCUGUCUAGGGGAGGGAAGGAUGUGGUUUGCAGGGCGGAAGUGGAGUUUGAAAAUGCAGAGUGGCGCUUAGUACCAUCAUCCCCCUCAGCGCAGAGGUGUGAUUGCAGUAUGCAUGCAGAGCCGCUGUCUGGCCUUGAGGUCACAACUAGUGCACGAAUGUCAGAGCUGGAAGGGACCUGUCUUUAGGUGUCUUUUGAGCCAGCUCCUUGCUUGACAGGUGAUAGCUCCAAGCCUAGCGGGGCAGGGGCUCAGGGGCAGAGCCAGGACCAGCCCUCAGGACCUUGGCCUCCCGGUCCUCGGCUCUCCUGUCCCACUGCGCUGCCUCCUUGUGGCUGUCCGUCUGUCCCUGUGUGUGUGACGCGUGGUGUGAGUGCAGGGCUGUGCCGGGGUGGGGGGUAUCUGUGAAGCACUGACUGUCUUAGCUCAGAGCUGAUGGAUCCUCUCCAGAGACAAUGACACUUUAAAGGUUGCCUUUUCUUCUCUAAGUUUUUCCGAUUUGUUUAUGAGUUUUUCCCCUCAGACUCCUAGGUCUUUUGCUGCCUCCAGGCGCCCUUCCCUUGAGGCCGAUGAGAGCACCCCUGCCCACUCCUGUCCUGACUUCUAGGGAAGUACUCCUAGGAAGGGAGCCAGAGCCUGGGAAAGAGAAAGAGCCAGCUCUGAGAAAGGGUGACCUUCUCCACACUGCCCUUUCCCAAACUGGAAAUGCAGACAAGUUUUCAAAGGCACAGGCUCCCCCUGCCAGCUUCCAGCAUCUUCCUUGGUAUGUGGUGGGCCGGAGUUAAGGGUAGGCAGCCUGCUUCCAGUUCUCCUUUAUCCCAAUUUAUUUCCUGGGGAGAGGUGCCUGGAGGGAUUAAGGUCACUUCAGUUGGGAAUUUGCAGGAAAGCGGGGCAUAGUACCCUGGCUCCCUCCGGUCACAUCAAACCAGAUUAAAAGUGUGUCUGGCUCCCAACCACUUUGACUUGAUCUACUGAAAAGUUGGGGACUGAGGGCGUGCCUUCAUUGCCCUUUGGUCACGUCCUUCAGCCCAACUUGGGACUUAGGUGGUGGGACUGGAGACCCAAACCCUGGCUCCUCGCCUGUCCCCCCCUUUCCGCCCCAGCCUGUCUCAAUGUAGUAGACCCUUCCUAGGGGAGCAGGGAGGGGAAGCUACAGUUUGCAAACCCAGGGGCUCCUUUUUAAUUCUUUCUAAAGCCUCCUUUAUAUCCUCAACCCAAAAGGCAAUGCCCCUACCCCGUCACCUCCAAGCCUGGAAUUGUGCAUAACUCGGAUCUUGUAUCUUUGUAUAACGGAUGUUAUUUGUACGAAGGGCAGUUCGUAAACAGCACUUGUUCUUUUAAUAAAAGAAUGUUUUACAAAAAAAAAAAAA